UUGUUAGAAGAAGAUGCUUGGCUUGAAGAUAUAAGCAUAGGACAACAGCAGCAACUUGUUCAAGAACAAGUAAAAGAAAAAGAUAAUGAGAAGCAUAUCGUCUUAACGGGGCAGCAAAGGAGACAGAUACAGGAGGGGCCUGUCCCUUCUACUAGCACUUCUUCAGUUGCUGCCUAUUUACAAACACCACAGACAACACAAACGAGAGAAGAAGAAGCAAAGAAAGAACAAGAAGAAGAAGAAGAAGAAGAAGAAGAAGAAGAAGAAGAAGUUGUUGAUGAUGAUGAUGAUGAAGAGUAUCUCCCUCCAGCUAAAAAGCAAAGGGGACAGUUAGGGAUAAGGAAGCGGAGACAGUUAAUUGAGAAGCCGCUGUCUUCUAGAAGAACUGCUGCUGCUGCUCGCUUGCAAACACCACAGACAUCAAAAGGCAGAGGAAGAGUAGCAGCAGCAGCAGCAGCAGCAGCAGAAGAAGAAGAAGAGACAGAAGAAGAAGAGACAGAAGAAGAAGAGACAGAAGAAGAAGAGACAGAAGAAGAAGAAGAGGUUCGUCGGCCUGCACCAAGGAAGCAAAGGAGACACAAGGAGUUAAAGGCUUCAGGGGUUUUAGUUGAAGUGCCUCUGCCUUACAGCAGCAUACCUUCAAUUAGUGCUCUCUUGGAAGCAUCACAUACAUCAGAGAAGAGCGAAGGAGGACGACAAACUGUAGAAGGACAUGAGCAUGCACGUCAGUCUGUCUUAAGAUAUGUAGAAGAAACACUAACAGGCAAGAGUGAAGGUUUAAAAGCAGAAGAUGAAGAUGAAAACCUCUUUAAUAUAUGGCUGGGGGAGCUCGAGUUAGAAGAAAUCCAUAUGGCAGACCUAAUUCGGAGUGAGCCUGCUGCUAGUGCUGCAGCAGAAGCAGCACGCGCAGCAGAAAGAGCAGCAGCAGCAGCAGCUGCUGCUGCUGCUGGUGCUGGUGCUGCAGCAGCUGGUGCUGCUGCAGCAGCUGGUGCUGGUGCUGCAGCAGCUGGUGCUGGUGCUGCAGCAGCUGGUGCUGCUGCAGCAGCUGGUGCUGCUGCAACAUGGGGACGGAGAGAAGAAGGUACAGAUGCAGAGACAGAGUCAAUAGCAGAAUCAGCAGCAGAGACAGAGACAGCAGCAGAAUCAACAGCAGAUACAGAGACAGCAUCAGAGGCAGUAGCAGAGAUAGAGACAAUAGCAGCAGAAUCAGCAGCAGAUAUAGAUACAGCAGCAGAAUCAACAGCAGAGACAGAGACAGCAUCAGAGGCAGCAGCAGAGAUAGAGACAAUAGCAGAAUCAAUAGCAGAUACAGAGGCAGCAGCAGAAUCAAUAGCAGAUCCAGAGACAGCAGCAGAAUCAAUAGCAGAUACAGAGACAGCAGCAGAAUCAACAGCAGAGACAGAGACAGCAUCAGAGGCAGCAGCAGAGACAGAGACAGCAUCAGAGGCAGCAGCAGAGACAGAAGACACAGAGGUGGUGCAUUUGCUUGUAGGAGACAUAUCAGGAGACAGUUCUUCUCCCCUUUCAAUAAUGGAGACACCAGAAGCAGCAGCAGCAGCACCAGCACCAGCAGAAUCAGCAGCAGCAGCAGAAUCAGCAGCAGAAUCACUAGCAGCAACAGCAGCAGGAGCAGCAGCAGAGGUGCUGUCUGCAGGAGCCGCAGCAGCAGCGCAACCUUCUAAACCCCCGGGGCCCCCUCACGGUGUAAUUAUUAUACAUCCUUCAGUGUCUCAGUCUGAAGCAACAGACGAAGAAAAAAGAAUACGGGCAGGAGCAACCUCAAAGAGAAGGAGAAGGACGCCUCGAUAUCUAGCUUAUUUAGUUCAGACGCCUACUACCUAUCUUCUUUGGAGUCAAGAGAUCGAAGACUUCCUGGGACAUUCAGCUAUUUUUCUCGCUUCUGUACCUCUUCAACAGAUGCCGCAGCAGGAAGAGCAGCAGCAGCAGCAGCAGCAGCAGCAGCAGCAGUAUGAGGAGGAGGGGCAGCAGCAGCAGCAGCAAUACGAGCAGCAACUACGUCGGCGUAUGAACCUUAAGACACAUCCAUUUUAUAGACUUCCUGAAGUUGAAAAGGAUGCAAAAAUACAGUUUUUGCUGCAAGUGAAGUACUUGGUGCAGCAGCAAGAAGACAUGAGUGGCUUCAUUAUGUAUUAG